GAGGUCGAGUUAGCUAAACGGAAGGCGGCUACACUUUUACUGCAAGUAGAGAUAGUCAAACUAAGAUCACCAAGUUAUCUUGGGAAAAGCAAACUAGCUGCGAAACAGUUUAAACGUGCGUCACCUUUGAGGACAAGCUAGCAACGCAGGAGCUUGUUGCUAGGUAGCUUUACGUUAGCAAGCUACUAGCCAGCGUGCUAAGUUGCUAUGUCGCAACCAGGUGCCUGGAGCUAACACAACUUAGCUCACCUAUCACUGAAAACAACUGAUUCUGGAGAAGAAACACGAAAGAUGGCGGUGUCGGUGCGGGGCCUCUACUUCGUGGUGACCCUGUUUCUGGGGAGCUUCUUUGGGAGCGUCUUCAUGCUGGGGCCCUUCCUGCCCCUCAUGCUGCUGUCUCCUGCCUGGUACCGCUGGAUCACUGAUCGCAUCGUGGCUACCUGGCUCACCCUGCCUGUGUCGUUGCUGGAGCUGGUAUUUGGUGUGAAGGUGGUGAUAACAGGUGAUGGUUUCAUCCCCGGGGAGCGGAGUGUGAUCAUCAUGAACCACCGGACCCGUCUGGACUGGAUGUUCCUCUGGUGCUGCCUGCUCAGGUACAGCUACCUCCGUCUGGAGAAGAUCUGCCUCAAGGCUGCCCUGAAGGCUGUUCCUGGCUUUGGCUGGGCAAUGCAGAUGGCCUGCUUUGUCUUUAUCCAGCGUCGCUGGGAAGCUGACAAGAAUCACCUGGAGAACAUGCUGGACUACUUCUGUGACAUCAGAGAGCCGCUGCAGCUGCUGCUGUUUCCGGAGGGCACCGACCUCACUGAAAACACACGAGCCAAAAGUGACGUGUUCGCUGCUCAGAACAACCUGCCAAAGUUUGAGUAUGUGCUGCAUCCCCGCAGCACCGGAUUCACCUUCAUCGUGGAUAGACUACGAAAAGGAGACAACCUGGAUGCCGUCCAUGACAUCACGGUGGCGUACCCCAAGAACAUCCCCCAGACGGAACGCCACCUCAUCCUGGGUCUCUUCCCCCGCGAGAUCCACUUCCACGUGCGGCGCUACCCCGUGGCCUCGCUGCCCUCCUCCUCCUCCCACCUGGAGUCCUGGUGUCGGGACCGCUGGGCCGAGAAGGAGAUCCGUCUGCGAGACUUCUACUCCGGCCAGCCGCGCGGCUUCGACCGGGACGGCGUGGCCCGCGUGCCGCCCUGCAAGACGGAGCUGAGGGUGUUCCUGAUCAAAGGCGCCUCGCUGCUCUACUGGAGCAGCUUCAUCGCUCUGUGCUUCACCGGCCUGUGGAUGUGGGCUCCCUUCAGGCUCUAUUUUAUCGUCAUGGUGGGCGUGUUCGUGGCCCAGCAGAAGCUGAUCGGAGGGCUGGAGCUGCUGGAGUUAUCCUGCCAUCGCUACUGGAAGUCAAUGGCUGCAAACGACGGGGAGAAGAGUAAAGAGCUGGAUGGGAAGGUGCAGUGAGGAGACUGGACAUAGUGAGGUUCUAACUAUGCUCAGCAUGGACACUAAGGACUCAGUUGUCUCAGGACUAAGGAUCCUUUUGAGGGUCCUAACGGUCCACGCCUUAGAAAAGGGAGUAAUGAGUCCACCUCAUGCAUGGCUUCACCAGAGAGAGAUUUAUCUUUCUGUUGAGGAAGAAAAGCAGGAAUGUUAUUUACAUUUAUUUGUGUUGGAUCCAACUAGGGUUGUCACGAUACUAAACAUUUUCAGCUCGAGACCGAUACUCAGGAAAAUAUUCAAUACCGUUUUCGAAGGAUAAAAACAAAGACCCCCAAAAUUUAACCGAAAUAUUUUUAUUUGCAAGAAAAAUGCAACAGAAAUGAACAGAAGCACAGGUUAAAUAUUUAAAGUAAAAAACAGUUGUGCAAAAAGAAACUGCAACUAUGAUAACAAGCUUCAGAUCAUCGAUACUUUUGAAAAUGAGUAUUGUAUCCGGAUACAACGUUUUAGUAUCGAUACUUUUUUGAGUAUCGAUACAACCCUACUCGAUAUCAUUUUCGAUACCACAAGGAUAAAAACAAAGACCCCAAAAUUUGACAGAAAAGUGCAACAUGUAAAAAUGAACAGAACCACAGGUUAAAUAUUUAUAAUAAAAAACAGUUGUGCAAAAAGAAACUGCAACUGUGAUAGCAAGCUUCAGGUCUGAGGUAGUGCAAAAAAUAAAUAAAUACAAUAAACAAUAACAAUUAGAACAAUAUUUGUAUGCUGUGCACAAUAUUAGGCAAGCUUGAUAAGUCGACUUUUCUCUGUUUCAUUCUGGGACUUCAAGAGAGAAAAUAACACUUUUCAUCGAUACUUUUGAAAAUGAGUAUCGUAUCCGGAUACAACGUUUAAGUAUCAAUACUUUUUUGAGCAUCGAUACUUUUGACAACCCUACUCGAUACCAUUUUCGAUACCACAAGGAUAAAAACAAAAAAACCCAAAAUUUAAAUUUAAAAAAUAUUUUUUAUUAACAAAAAAAAUGCAACAUGUUGUGCAAAAAGAAACUGCAACUAUGAUAACAAGCUUCAGGUCUGAUGUAGUGCAGAAAAUAAAUAAAUACAAUAAACAAUAACAAUUAGAACAAUAUUUUGAGGUUGUAUGCUGUGCACAAUAUUAGGCGAGCUUGAUAAAAAAAAUAAUAACUUAAGUGUCCAUUCCUUGGCUAGGUAUCGAUACUUUUGAAAAUGAGUAUCGUAUCCGGAUACAACGUUUUAGUAUCGAUACUUUUUUGAGUGUCGAUACUUUUGACAACCCUAGAUUCAACACAUAAAUCGCCACUCGCCCUCCGUAUGUCUAUAUGGACUCUGUUUUUUUAGCUUGCUGUCGGUGCAUUUUAUCAGCUUAUGUUGUUGUUGUUUAUUAUUGUAGUUGUUUGUUCCGAACCUCAACGUGGACGCGUGUUUCCUGAAACAACGCUGUUAGUAUUCGUUCUGCUGUUGCCACGUCUUUGAAACUGGUUUUAUUGUAUGCUAUGUUGCCAUUGCUUUUUACAUCAGUGUCAUAAGUUCUGGAGCAGAGCCAUAGUACAGAGCAGCUGUACAGAUGAUGACUUGACUCUCACCAAUAUUCAAAUCAGCACUGUAGUCGGCUGGAUGGAUGGGACGAGUUGUAUUCAUUUUGUUUUGAUAAGUAGUCUCUAGCCAGGAAAGAAAAGGGUCGAUAAGAUUACCAGAGAACUACUAAGGAAUAUACAGGUAUAUAUGUGUACCAUUGUUUACCUUUACUGGGUAUAAUUACCCUUUUAUACAAACUGGGGAGUUGAAUUUCCCCAGUAAGUCCUUAGAUAGAACUUGUGAUGAUGUUUAUUACUGUAUCGGUCUUGAAACGUGUUCGUUAUUCUGCCUGUUUGCUCAAAGUAGCUUUUGCACAUAAAAGCCAAAGGUGAGAAACGCAGACGUGGUUUUAAAAAAACAAAAAAAAAGCAACCAAACAGAAUGUAGUUAUGAAAGCGAGAGGUAAAUCAUCGACUCAUCAGGAUCAAAGAUCUGACCGAGAUCUUCCGUCUGGAGGAGCAGAUGAGCUUUGUGCCCUUUCAGGGAGUGAAGGGAAGCCUUGUAGAGGCAGGAAGUGGCUGGAAGAAUGUCCUGUUGGGACAACACUACCCCUGGGUGUGCAGGGUGGCAUGGACCACCAGACUUGGAGUGGAAAACUGGCCAUGAACUCAACCUAAUCCAAAAAAGCCCUGUAAUGCCCACCUCUGCUGGUGUCCCUGUGGGGGAGGACUGGCACUGAUGCGCCUGCUAAACUCAAUUAGCAAAUGACAGCUGAGAAAGCUACUCCAAUUGUGCCAAAAAAGGACAGAAAUUGAAACGGGAUUGGAGUGGCGCUGCGGCUUCAGCCUACACUCUCAGCCACUGACUCUCUCUUUGCCACUCAUUUAACAAAAAAAGAAAAAAACAUGUUGAUUCUGUAAGACGGGAAACAUUUUCUAGCACUUUCUGUAACACUGUGCGACCACUUUGACCCGAUUUUGUGAGACAACUGAAGCAUCUUUCUUCUGUUUCUAUGAACCUGAAGCUCCUGUAGUUUAAGUGUAAAGGGGCUGAUUCCAGUCACUGUGAUCCUGCUGUGAUAAAGAGACCGUUCACCCUCAAAUCAAAAAUAUAUAUUUUUCUCAUUCCUGUAGCGCUAUUUAUCAUCAAAGAUUGUUGUGGUGUGAGUUGCCUUGUGCUGGAGAUAUCACCAGUAGAAAUAUACAGUAAAGCUUUAUAAUAAAGUCCUUAAUAACCAUUAAUUAACUAGUAAUAAGGCAUUGUUCUCGCUUUAGAUCCGGUAGUUGCAAAAAGCAUAAUUAACUUAUAGUUAACUUAUAAUAGAUGAGCAAUAAAGUAUAUGGUAACACUUUACAAUAACCAUCUAAGUGAUGUUUAUAGAUGGUUUAUAAACCAAUUAUUAUUAACCAUUUACAAAAUUCUAUACAUAUUUAAUCUUUAAAUGGUUUCAAGCAAGUUCUUAAAGGUGUAAGAAUAAUUUUGAAAUAAUUUACAUAAUUAAUAUGGUGUUAAAAAUGUUAUAAUUAGUGUAAAGCUAUUAGUAAACUAACAAUUAUGUUUGUUUAUGGUAAAGUAAUCUAUUUGGCAUUUAUAAAUUAUAGUUCAACAUUAUUACAUUUUCUAUUCACCAUUCUAAAUGGCCUAUAUAUGGUUUAUAAAUGAUGAUUAAACAUUAAUAAACUAUCUGUUUACCAUUUAUAAAUGAUGGUUAUUGUAAAGUGUUACCAAGUAUAUUUUAAUAUCAAUAAGCAAACAAAAUAAGAUUAAUAAAGGCAUGGCAAAGACAUAAUGGGUGGGUCAUGGGUGUUUGUAAUGCCAUUAUUAAUACUUAUAUAAGCUUAUAAACACACAAUAAUGUUAAGCAUCUUGUAAGGACUUACAAGGGCCUUAUUACUUGUUAAUUAAUGGUUAUUACGAGGAAAUUAAUAUAAAGCGUUACCGAAAUAUCUGCCUUCUCUUAGAUAUAAUAUUCAGGGUUCGUACGGGUGCUUGAAAUCCUUGAAAAUGCUCAAAUUUAAAUGUAUUUUCAAGGUUUAAAAAUUUUGGAUAAAGUGCUUGUAAAUGCUUUAAAUUCUUACUGUAUUUCUCUUGCAAUUUGACUGAAUAUCCAUCUAUAGACUGUCACGAUACUAAAAUUUUCAACUCGAUACCAAUACUCAUUAAAAUAUUAGAUACUCGAUACUAUUUUUCGAUACUACAAGGAUAAAAACAGACCCCAAAAUUUAACAGAAAUAUUUUUAUUAACAAGAAAAAUCCAACAUGUAAAAAUUAACAGAACCACAGGUUAAAUAUUUAUAAUAAACAGUUACAGUACAAUAAACAGUUGCAAAAAGUGCAAAAAGAAACUGCUCGCUGCUAAAGUGUACGAACCCUGAAUAGAACUAUAUGGCACUUGGUUACACUGUAAAAAAAAAUGUUUGUAGAAAUUACAGUAAAACUCUGUCAAAUUGCAUCAGAAAUGGGCCGAAAAAUUAAACAUUGUACAUCACUGUAGUAGAUACUUUUAAUAACUGCGAAUACUAGCUUAAAACUUUAAACUCUACUGUCAAAAACUGUAGAAAACACAGUUUUGCUGUAAAAAAUAUAAUUUUUUUUAUUAAAAUUAAUGGAGAAGUACCAUAAUGACACAAUUAUCCUAAAAGUAGUGGGAUUAUUCAGUUAUAAAUUACAGUUUUUGCAGUUAUUUACAUUUACAUACACUCACUGUAUUUCUUUUUUUACAGUGUAGUGGUGCUCAAAGCAGCAAAACGUUUUAUUUUCCAGAAAUUAUGACCAAAAAAUCUCUGUUGCCAGCAUCUUAAACACUCUGCAACUCACAGCAAAACAAUCUAGAAUGAUAAAAAGAACUAGAGGUAAAAGAAAAAACUAUAUAUUUUUGAUUUGGGGGUGACUCGUCCCUUUAACAAUUUAAACAUCAGCAUGUAGUAGUUUACCAAACAUGGUACUAUAUCUGUUAUCUGUUCUCUGAACUCUGAACCAGCCAGAAUCUCCACUUAUUCCUGUCAGCUGUGCUGUUUUCUGUUUCUCAUUUUACAAUCACUUGCUGAUGCUGGACCUCUUAAAGUCACUGUCCUCAGGUAAACAAGAGUCGGUCUCUUACAGGAGGAAAUAUAUGAAUAUAUAUAUAUAUAAAAAAAUAAAUAUUACUAUAUCAACUCAUUCACAUG